AGCGGGGCCGGGACUCGGGGGGUGCACCCCGGGCCAGCGCCCAGGACAGGUGCCGACGACAGGGGCGGAGGGCGAAGGCUUCGGGAGCAGCUCCUGUGCCAGAGGGAUGCCGAGUCCGGAGGGGGAAGCCCAGCCAGGCCUCCUGUUCGCUCCUCUCCUCCCUUCCCCUCCGUCGCCCCAGCGCGGGUUCAGGCUCCGGGGAGCUGCGAAGGAGAUUCCGGAGGGAGAUUUCAGGGAAGCCCUGUCUGCGGCGGCAGCGCACGUGAGGGGAGGGGUGGGGACGGCCCUGCCCACGUGCAGAGGCGGGUGGGGUCUCCGAGGAAAACCGGGGCUGUCUGCCUUCCAGCGCCGGGUCUGGGGGAGGCCUGUGUGCAGCCGGCACUCUCGCCCAGAGUGGGCGGGGUCCAGUAAUAGGCCCAGAAGCAGGCUGGGUGGAGGACAACCGCAGGGACCCCUUGUGCUGUCUCCCACACAGCUGCCUCCGGGGACAGCCAGCCAGUCUUGGCCUCCGGUGGAUCCCUGAUGUGGUCCCCAGGGUCUGGCCACUGACUACCCCAGAGAUGAGGUGGUCAUGGGAGGAGCUGGGGAAUUUGGGCCACAGCGUGGCCAAUGGAUGUGGGCUGGGUUUGGGGAAGUUGGGAUGAGUGACAGCCAGCAGCUCUGCUUUCUGUGCCCCACAAUCCUGCUCCCCCAGCCUGCUGGGCACCCACUACCUCUUGGCCUCUCUGCCAGUCAGCGUGAGGCUGUGCCCAGGCAGGAGGACUGCUGCUGUGGAGGACUGACCUCCAGUCCGCCAGGGCUGGGCAGAGGCCAUGGGCACCAAGGGAGAGAGUGUCUCUGGUGGCUAAGGGUUUGCUCCCUGAUGAGAGAGGCCAGCCUGGCUUAUCGUUGAGUCCAGCUGGGAUGGCCCUGCUGGUGGGAGGGGGCUGUCACUCCUCCACCCCUCUGUUCAUUCAGCAGCAUCCAUCUUACACCCUCUGGGGGCCUGGCCCUGGGGGGGUAUGGGAGGCAGGUGUGGGAUCCGUGGACAGAGUGGGACACCUGCCCCUUGGUUCAUUAUUCAUGAAACAGACCACGGGUGCUCAUCUGACAAGUGCAGGUGGUGCAGGAGCAGAGCCCGGGCAGCCAGGUCUCACUGGCCACAAUGCCGGAGGCGCCGGAGGUGCUGGAGGAGACUGUGACGGUGGAGGAGGACCCCGGCACCCCCACCUCCCAUGUGUCCAUCGUCAUGUCAGAAGAUGGCACUACGCGGCGCACGGAGACCAAGGUCACCAAGAUGGUCAAGACAGUGACUACACGAACCGUGCGCCAGGUGCCCAUGGGCCCAGACGGCCUCCCCCUCCUGGAUGGUGGCCCCCCGCUAGGACACUUCGGUGAUGGCACCCUGGACCGGCACUUCCUGCUGCGUGGGGGUGGCCCAGCGGCCACACUCUCUCGGACCUACCUCAGCAGCGGGAGUAGCUUUCCUGACAGCCCCGAGCCCCGGGACAUCCCCAGCUAUGGCAGCCUGUCCCGGGGGCUGGGUGUGCGGCCCCCACGUGGUGGCCCUCUCGGCCCCGGCCCUGGUGAUGGCUGCUUCACGCUGCCUGGCCGCCGUGAAGCCUUCACCGAGGGCCCAGAGCCUGUGCCGCCGGCCGGUCGCUCCCAGCCCGAGCGCUUCCAGGCAGAGCCAUAUGGCUUGGAAGACGACACACGCAGCCUGGCUGCCGAUGACGGGGGUGGCCCGGAGCUGGAGGCUGACUAUGGCACCGCCACGAGGAGGCGGCCUGAUUGUGGGCGGGGCCUUCGCACUAGGGCCUAUGAGGACGUGGCCGAUGACGGCGGUGAGCUGAUGGAGGAGAGGCCCCCAUUCCCAGCCACAGCAGCACCCCUGGCCCAGCCAGAACGGGGCAGCCUGGGCAGCCUGGACCGGAUGGUGCGGCGCUCGCCCUCUGUCGACAGCGCCCGUAAAGAGCCACGCUGGCGGGACCCUGAGCUGCCCGAGGUACUGGCCAUGCUGCGGCACCCCGUGGACCCCGUGAAGGCCAACGCAGCUGCCUACCUGCAGCACCUGUGCUUUGAGAACGAGGGUGUCAAGCGGCGUGUGAGGCAGCUGCGGGGGCUGCCCCUGCUCGUGGCUCUGCUGGACCACCCAAGGGCAGAGGUGCGGCGCCGGGCCUGUGGGGCACUGCGCAACCUCUCCUACGGCCGAGACACUGACAACAAGGCCGCUAUCCGGGACUGUGGCGGCGUGCCCGCCCUGGUGCGCCUGCUGCGGGCCGCCCGGGACAACGAGGUCCGAGAGCUCGUCACAGGGAGGCAGUGCCCAUGGUCAGCACUGGCUGGUCAAUGGUGCCCCACAGGCACACUCUGGAACCUGUCAUCCUACGAGCCCCUGAAGAUGGUCAUCAUUGACCAUGGCCUACAGACACUGACCCACGAGGUCAUUGUGCCCCAUUCGGGCUGGGAGCGAGAGCCCAAUGAGGACUCCAAGCCACGGGAUGCCGAGUGGACGACUGUCUUCAAGAACACAUCAGGCUGCUUGAGGAACGUGAGCUCAGAUGGCGCAGAGGCCCGGCGGCGACUUCGGGAAUGUGAAGGGCUGGUGGACGCGCUCCUGCAUGCCCUUCAGUCAGCCGUGGGCAGGAAGGACACAGACAACAAGUCAGUGGAGAACUGCGUAUGCAUCAUGCGGAACCUGUCGUACCACGUGCACAAGGAGGUGCCCGGGGCUGACAGGUACCAGGAGGCCGAACCUGGGCCCCUGGGCAGUACUGUGGGCUCCCAGCACCGGAGGCGGGAUGAUGCUGGCUGCUUUGGUGGCAAGAAGACCAAAGAGGACUGGUUCCAUCAAGGGAGGAAGGAUGGUGACAUGGACCGAAACUUUGACACGUUGGACCUGCCCAAGAGAACGGAGGCCGCCAAAGGCUUUGAGUUGCUGUAUCAGCCCGAGGUGGUGCGUCUCUACCUCUCACUCCUCACGGAGAGCCGGAACUUCAACACCCUGGAGGCCGCGGCUGGUGCCCUGCAGAACCUCAGUGCUGGCAACUGGAUGUGGGCCACCUACAUUCGCGCCACCGUGCGCAAGGAGCGGGGUCUGCCCGUGCUGGUGGAGCUGCUGCAGUCCGAGACCGACAAGGUGGUGCGCGCCGUCGCCAUUGCCUUGCGGAACCUUUCGCUGGACCGACGCAACAAGGACCUCAUCGGGAGCUACGCCAUGGCCGAGCUGGUGCGGAACGUGCGCAAUGCGCAGGCUCCAGCGCGACCCGGGGCCCGCUUGGAGGAGGACACUGUGGUGGCCGUGCUCAACACCAUCCACGAGAUCGUGUCCGACAGCCUGGACAAUGCACGCUCGCUGCUGCAGGCCCGUGGCGUGCCAGCGCUGGUGGCCCUUGGCGCCUCCAGCCAAUCGGUGCGAGAGGCGAAGGCUGCGUCCCACGUGCUGCAGACUGUGUGGAGCUACAAGGAGCUGCGUGGUGCCCUGCAGAGGGAUGGCUGGACCAAGGCACGCUUCCAGUCAGCUGCUGCUAAUGCCAAGGGGCCCAAGGGAGCACUGAGUCCCGGAGGGUUCGAUGACAGCACACUGCCGCUGGUGGACAAGAGCCUGGAUGGUGAGAAGCCAGGCAGCCGGGAUGUGAUCCCCAUGGAGGCCCUUGGCCCAGAUGGGUACUCCACGAUGGACCAGAGAGAGUGGAGGGCUCGAGGCAGUGCCCCGGCAGGGGAGACCUCUGAGAAGGAACCGUUGAAACCUGACCCCAGCAGGAAGGCUCCUCCUCCGGGGCCCAGCAGGCCCGCGGUCAGGCUGGUGGACGCUGUGGGGGACGCCAAGCCUCAGCCCGUUGACUCCUGGGUCUAGCUUGCAUGCCUGGGCCUGGGCCCAGCUUUUCAUUCUUAGGAAUCUGAUCAUGGGAAGAAGGGAACUCCAGGGCCAGCCUGCACACACCCAGCCUCGGAGCUUGGAGCCCCCUGGCGGCGGGGUCGGCAGUGCCUCUGCGCGGGAGCCAAGGCUGGACUUUCUGGACACGCCUCCCUUCCCACCCCCUUGCUCCCUCCCUAACUCCCUAGGCAGAGUUAGCUGUUUACUGACAUGGUGCUGUGUGCAUGGUGCUGUGUGCAAG